AUGAACCUAAACGAACGCAUCAUCAGCACGCAACUGUUCGCGCAAACGAUCGACGAGACGGCCACCACGACCACGUCGGUGGGCAGCAGCGUCGGUUUGAGCGUUGGCUUCGUGCCGUUCGUUGCAGCAGCCACCGCCGGGUUGGCCGGUCCGAGCGGGACCACCGUCAUGCUACCAACCGACACCGCAUCCGGCCCAUCGACGUCUUCCAGCCAUGCGAAACAACCAAGCGCCGAAACGAUCCACCUGUCAUCGCCGCAUCAUCUGCAUCUGCUGCAUACGGGAGGCAGUGGGAGCAGCAGUAGUGUAGGCACAGUGGCGACCCUUGUACAGCAGCCACCACAACACUCAACACCACCAUCUACCGGCAGAGCAACCGGGAAAAGUCGCAGCCUGAGUACGGGCUCAUACAUCACCAAGGACUCGAGUGCACACUCGAGCGCGGAACGGCUCACCAAAUCCAACAGCCAUACGGAGGUGCACAGCAACAGUGGGUCUGCUGGAGCAUCCACUUCGAAAGACGUCGGAGGAUCCAUAAUGCCCCAGAACAAAUCCUUGGAGGAGGGCCGUUCAAUGAUUCCUUCCGUGAAAAGUUCCCCACCUGUGCGAAAGCCUAUCCUGCGCAAAUCGAAGAAGAUCGUCCGUACCGAUUCGGAGUUCCUGAAGGGUAACAUCUAUGAGAAGGAGUCGAGCGUGUCCAGCUCCCAAUACACACCGACAAGAGACCGACGCAGGGAACAGUUCGCCGAUUACCGCAGCAGCAAUCCAUCGUCCGAAACGCACAAAUCCACCGACGAGAGCUCCAAAAACAUAUCGACCGACGAAAUAGACACCGUGUUCUCGGACACGAUGGAUCUCGAGCAGAUGGAGCAGGACUAUCGGAUGCAUCUGAAGAACAAUUUGCAGCGCGAGUACAAGAGCGACAGCGACACGCUGGACGAGGUGGGCAAGAAGCGCACGCCGGAUUACAACGCGUGGAAGAACCAAAGCUACGAGAACACGUUCGAUGUGUACGGGAAGGAAAUCGGCGAACAGACGGCGAACGGUAGAAAUCACGCCACAGGCGAUCGUGCCACAGUCGAUGCGUCGCCGAAAGGCGAUGAACACCCCGAACGACCAUCUACCUCGGCCGCACCGAAACCGGACCGACCAACGGAGCUCGAGCUUGGAUCCACGUCCGACGGUGGCGGCAAGUCGUCCGCCUCCUCCACGAACGACGGUCCGUUUGGGCAUCUGUUCGAGAAGAAUUUGGGACGGUUUAAGCGUAUGAACAAGUUGCUCAAGUGCAAGCGCUUCAGCACGUCGGCCCUGUACGAGAAGAAAUCAUCGGCGAGUGGAAGUGCGACCGCAUCGGACGGCAAACCCUCGUUCACGUCACCUACCAAAAGCAUACCGAACGCGGCACGAUCGCCCGUCAAAUCGAUCCACUCCCAGUCGAAGGCAUCGAUCAGUUCGUCCAAAUCGUCACUCUUCGGAAGCAAAAAGUCGGGCACCGGGUUUACGUUUAAGGGUAAGCGGUUUCUCUUCACCGGCAAGACGUCGCCCAACAAGUCCAAGUCGAACAACGAGAUCAGCUACUACCGCACCAAAUCGACCAAGAGCUCCAAGAAGGGUUCGGUGAAGAACAACAGUACGGCGUGCCUGAAUCUCGAAACCACCUGUACAUCGCCGCUGUCUGAGGCAUUUUACAACACGACCGGCAGCGUGCGGUUGAGCGCGAUGGAGCUGUACGAGAAGUUUUGCUCGCAGGACUUUAGCGGACUGUACAAACACGAAACGGUGCGUGCUGAGACGGACAGUCACGGUAGCGGGACGGACUCGAGCCACUACGAGUCGCAUAGACAUCUCGGCGCGAUACGGAAGUAUCGACGGCGCAACUUCAAGCUGCUGCGCCAGAAAAGUGAACCCAAGUUCUCGUUUCGCACCGAUACACUGUACGAGGACAGCUACGACGGUGUGUGUUAUCACGAUGAGAAGGACGAGGAGGAAGAGUACGGCACGGAGGAUUACAAUCAGUUCCUGUACGAUGAGCAGUACUAUGAGGAAGACAUUGAGCAUUACAGUAUCGAAAACAUCUACUACCAGAGGAAUGGGCUGAUAGCGCUACCGGAUGGAAGCUAUGUGCAGCGGUACCCUUACCGUAUGGAAGACGAGGAAGGUGACCAGGAGGAGGAAGACGAGGAGGAGGAGGAAGAAGAGGAAGAGGAGCUGGGUGAAGAGGAAGAGUGCGACUAUCAGGGUGAGGAGGAAGAGGAGGAGGAGGAGGGAGAAGAAGAGGAGGAGGAAGUGGAUGAGAAUGAGUUCGACGAGGAGGAUGAAGAUGAGCUGGCCAUGGAGGAGGAAGAGGAGGAGCGGAGACGUCUGCAGCGGCUACAACUACCCCCACCGAUCGAGCUCGUCGCCUCGAUGGAUUCCGACUGUGACGAGAUCUACCUGAUGCCGCAGAACGAGUCCGACAGCAAGAAGUUGAUCAUACAGGACUUUCUGUUUCAUCGCAGUAACGACUUUGACGCGAACGCCAGCGGGGACGACUACGACUUUGCCGAGGUGGACGAGGAGGCGGAAGAGGAGAGAGAGUUGGCUCACGCGGAACUGGAGUCGAAGCAGAGUGGCGUCGGGCAGCCGGAGGACGACUUCGAGCAAGACUUUCGGAUGGAGCGAUACGCGGCGACCGAUAAGGAGACGCUUACGAUCUACAAGAUUUGUUCGAAGGAAAGCAUACUGGAGUCGAUGCGGGGCGAGACCCCGGAACGUGCUUCGGACAAUCUGCCGCACAGUGCCUCGAUGGAGCAGUACUUCCUCAAGUCGGACUGCGUGACGACGCUCGAACGGACGGCAUCGUUGGAUCUGCUGAGCAACUCCAGCGGCACGCUUAACAAAUCCACCCUGACGGACUACGCCUUCGAUACGGUGCGCAAUAUGAACCUGGACAGCUGCAGUACCUCCCGACUGAGCCUGUCGCUCAAGAGUGAAAUCUUCGAGGACACCGCAAACGGUGGUGGUUCCGGUGGAGGUCCUUCACUGGCAGCGGAACCGGUCACAACCGGUGCGCUGCAGGAUGCUGCCACCGGUAGCGUAGAAUCUGCCGAAGCGAGUUCUGAAGUUCCGCGUAUCAAGAGUUGGAACAUUGAAGACUUUACCCUCACACCGGAAGAAUCGUUCUCCGAUGAGCAGUUGCCGCUGGAUGGGCCGUGUGAGAGCGAUGCGUCAAAGAUUGCGGAGCUGAUACAGGAGCGCUGCGCAGAUAGUACCACCGCACAGGAACCGCCCGAACUCGAUCAGCACAACGGUACGGCCGAGUACACGAUCGUCGAUCUGGACGAAGAACCGUACAUGUUGGAUCCGACAAUUUCGGAAUUUACGUCGGAAAUCACGAAGGAGUUCGAUUUACUGUUUUCCCGCGCAGAGACGGAAUCUUUGCAAGCGGCCGCCGCCGUUGCCUCGACUACCACGGUGGAGCAACCGUCCCCGCCCCAGCCGGCACCACUCGAAGGGCCUUCGCAGCUCGGUGAUGUGUUGAAGUUACUGAGCGACCUUCCGACGCGCUACUCCAUGCAGAUGCUGGAACACAUCAAUCUCGACUCGGACGACAUAUGUAUUCCGGUGCGCGAGGAAGCGAACGGUACUGCUCCAGCGCCACCAUCACCACCAUCCACCUCGUCCGUACCCACAAAACCAUCAGCAUCACCGAACUCUUCCGUCCCCAACAGUCAACCGCCAGAAAGUGCCAAACCGCGUACACUCGAGCCGAGCGGAAGCGGACGAUCGUUCGCGAAGAUGAAGCUAAGGUCAACGCAUUCGACCGGAGCGACCAAAACGGCUGCCACCACGCCAACGGCACCGGAUAUCACAGCAUCGGUCGGUGGUGUACAGGAUGCCGGCCCAGCCGCCAAACCUGGCGACAGUGGCGAUCGGCUGAAGAAGGCGCGCAGCCAGUCGUUAGGUAACUUACGAAAUAAAACCAAAUGUUUUCCAUUAUAG